ACUAUUCAGUUUUAUUGGUUCAACGUAAGUUCUCGUGGUAUAACUUCAGGUAUAAGGAAAGAAAACGGAUAUGUUGGUGUCUUUUUGUAAACUAUUUUCGUUCUAAUCGAUGUCGGUCACGUUUCUAGAGUUUCAAAAUGCCGCAAAAAUUUGAAAUAGGUAAUUGUUGUCUAUUCACGCACGAUUAGAGCUUAUAAACAACCCGAUGAAGCUUUUGCUGGUGAGAGUAAGUGAGGGUAACUGAAGAGCUAGCGGAAGAAUUAGUGGGUGACUCACAUCUCUAGCAGACAUCUAUGUAAGAUUUUCUCCUCUCAACGACCAAGCUAACAAUAAAUACACCGACUUUCUUUAACAAUCUACCGUCCAGCGUGUUAGCAUUUUCAUUAAGACAAAACAAAUUUAAUUAUCAUUUGAGGGAUAUUUUAAAACAAAAAGGAGCGAUAGAAAAAACCUGUGAUCGUGACAAAGAGAAACCUCUUCAGACGAUACAAUAAGCAAUUGGCACGUACAAGAGUCGAGGGAUCGAUAAAGAACUUAAUUUUAGCAAGCACUUGAGAAAGAAUGCGACGCAUGCCUGACUCUAUGCAUGCACGCAGGAAGAAAACAUUGCUAUUCUUUGUAUUGCAUUAAUGAGUGAGCCACUGAACGAUGAAUCAAGGAAACGAAAACUGGUUGCUUCAGUUUAACUCUUCAGACAAAUCUUAAACGCCAGAUGAAAAAAUGGUAGAAGCCGAACCUUGGGUGAUAGGACUCGUGGCAGGAUUGGCAGCGUUGAUUUUGGUCCUGAUUUGUAUUCUCGGCAUCUUUUGCGUUUUAUGGGCCAGGAAAGACAGCCAACGGAGACGUGAUGAGCGUGAAGAGCAACGCCGGCAACGCUUAGCAGCUCUCGCCAGUAGAAAUAGUGACUUCAUGGGAAUAGAGUCUAAUUCUGCGUCUAUGGCGUCCUCGAACAACAACGCCAACUGGGUUCUUAAAGAAAAACCACACGACUUAUUAAGCUCGCCGCCUACUUUAACUAGAGCAGCUGGGAAUGAGCCUUUCAUAGUCGGAAAAUCAAUGGUGAAAUAUUCUAACGAACUUGACAGAUCAAACAGCCUUCGACCAGGAACGCCACAAAGAUAUGUCAGCCAUAAUGAAGCUGAGCAGAGAAUGGUGCGGUUAGGGAUGAUUCCGCCAAGACGCGACGAAUUCAACGGACAUUUCCCAGCAGGUUAUUACACCGAACCUGGGAGAGGCAAGUCACAGAAAGGAAAGGCGAAAUCUCUAGAUAUGGAUGGAAGCAGAAGAUACAGUGCGGACCCGCCACAAGGGGUGGCAAUGCCCAGAUCCGUCGGCUACGUGAACGGAAACAUCCCCCCUGGUUAUCUCACCGUGCCUGGAAAGGCCAAGUCUCCUGGUAAAACUAAAGGUGGAAAGAGGGGGUCGAGAGAUCUUGAAAACCAGCGUUUUAGGCAUAAUAGUGAGGUGCUAGUACCUGUGAGUGAAGAGGUCCAGUUGUGGUCUAUGGAACAGAGCCAACCCCCAUUUACACUUCCUGAGGAAGAUUACAACACAGCGGGUGCCACAUGGUAUCUUUCUCCAUCCAAUGAUACGCAUGGAAUAUCCAGUGCAAGGUCAGAAAGUUCCCUGUAUCGGCCUUCGCAACCCCAAAACUAUCCAAGGCACGGUCCACAAACGUAUAACACUCAGAACGUAAAUGGAACGGUUGUGUCAGGGUCACUACCACCAGAAGGUCCGCCGCCCACUUCGCCAGGGCUAAUGGAGCAAUAUUAUGACGGUCAAGACACUACAAGACUCAAACGAGUAAAGCGUGUCGGUGUACCGACUCUGCCAAAUUAGAAAGUCCCCCACAAUGUCUUAAACAUUUAUUUGACAUCACCUUUAAAAAUUGCACUAGGAAAUGAUCGCUUCUCAGCUCAGCUUGACAAUGCAGUGGUUAUCGUUUGUGGUGGUGGCUGUAUGGAACAUGGAAUACAAUGUACAAUGUUGGUUUCUGACAGCUCAGUCCCUUAUGUUGAGGACUAUAUGUUUGUUCAUGAUGUUAUACUGGUAACCUCUGGAAGUAAAAGCAAGGGACUGGAAGAUGGAUUUUAAACUUUAAUCAUUCAAAUACGUACUUAGUCGGCUAUCUUCCUUCAUCUCCUUCCAAAAUUUUGCAUAAUUUUGGCCCGUGUUGAUUUAUGAUCAUGAAAGCACUGUUCUUUACUUGGUGCAUCAGAGAAUAGAACAAAAGCAAUUGUAUACCACAUGGUUAUAAAGUAUUCGUCAGGUCUAAAAAUCUCAUUUGAGGAUGAAGCCAUCCUUAAUUAAAGUAAGACACAUAAGGCUACGCAUUUUGUGGCAAUUGCAGUGGUAGAAUGAGUAAAAAUUCCAGCCAACGCACGUUAAUCUUUAGUAAAAACCAGAGGAGGAUUGAACAUGUUAAGAUUUUAUUAUAAAAGCGUUCCUCUCUAAAUAAAGAUAUUUAGUGAAUGCUCUCCCACGUGGCGAUUUGCAAGAGGAAUAAUUGUUUAAUCUCAUCAAGCUUAUUUUAAAGCGUAUGGCUGCGUUCUUUGAAAACAAAAUAGGAAGAGAACUAUCAAAACAAUUUAUCGACGUAAUUAAAGUUGUUUAUAUGUAAAAUAUUUUAGAAGUAAAACAGAAAAAAAUGUUUCUAUUUCUAAAGAACAUAAAGAACCUUUUAUGGCA